UGGCGCGGGAGUUCGGCACGCGCUUGCGCCGGAGUCUCGGAGGUGGCUAUGGCUUCUCGAGGAGUGCGGGCUGUGUGUUCCGAGUGCGAGGAGGUACCCAAGUACCGCUGUCCCGCCUGCCGCGUCCCGUACUGCUCCGUGCCCUGCUACAAGAAGCACAAAGAGCAGUGCAAACCCUCUCAUGUUGUGAAAAAUGGAGACUCAGAUACACAUUUUGUGAAGACAAAGAUUUCGGAGGACAAAGGGAGAACAUUCCAGGCAGUGCAUAGGGACUGGACCCGAAGCAUCCAGUGUGAGGAAGGAGACCAGUACCUGGGCCUUAGAGAAGGUAGUGAUUGGUCAGUGGCUGAUAUUCUGGACAGUGAUGAUGAAAAGGAUAGAGUCUCUGUUGGGAAGCUGAAGGACCUGGGGGACUGUAAGGAAUUAAGGAACUUACUGACCAAUCCCCACCUCCGCCAGUUGCUGGUCAGCAUCGACCAGGCAGAAGACAAAGAGACCCUCAUGAAAAGUCAUAUGCAAGAGCCCUUGUUUGUGGAGUUUGCUGACUGCUGUCUUAGAAUUGUUGACCCUCCUGAGAAAGAAAACUCUUUGGAUGUGGAGGGGUGAAUUGGGCUUGCUAUGAGUUCCUGCAAACGUGGAGAAAGAACUAGGCAGCCUCUUGGAAGGAGGAAACUGGAGGUCGGUGCUCUCACUCUGGGGUUUAGAGUGGAGACUGGAUCACAGGCAGUUCCAGGACCUGAUGAACAGGGCUCUCCCCAAGGGAGGGGCUCAGCUGGGAGGCUGGCUCUUGUCAAAGGCCUGGGACUCUCCAGCCUCUACUUUUCAUCUUGCCAGUGGACACAGUGUGCUCAAGCCCAACAGAGGUAACUUAUUUGGUGGGAAGAAAGACUGAUAGUAACGUGGACUGGUUCUUUAAAAAGUUUUAUUUGUUCAUGGCACACAUCAAAACAAGCCUAGGAGAGGGGGUUGUUUGGCCAAGUUUCCCUCUCCUACAUGUCUGAGUAAAACAUCGGCUUGGCUCAGCUUGGCUCAGCUUGUUCUUGGAUGCCACUAGUAAUGACAUUUAAAUAAAAUGGAGAGUUACUGA